AUGCGUCUUUCUGGUCUGCAAAGAGAGGUGCUGGCGCUCUACCGCCGGUGCUUACGGGAGAGUCGGAAGAAGCCCGAGAGCACCCGUGCGCACUUUGAACAGUUUGCUAGGACGGAAUUCGCUCGGAAUCUGGCUCUUGACAAACGUGAUUUCGCUGCCAUUGAAUUUCUCAUCCGCAAAGGGCGCAGGCAACUCGAAACCUAUGCCUCUCCGGGAAUCAAGGACAUCCACUGA